UCGCCCCUCAGACGCUCCGAACCCCCGCAGCGGCCGCCCCCCCAACGCGCGGCGGCGGCGCCGCAACUCCGCCGCCGCGGCCGCGGAAACGCCGUUUUCGCCGACGCUGAGCUCGGGACGUGUGAAGUAAGAGCCAAAAAAAAAGAAAAAAGAAAAAAAAGAGCGCUCUUCGUAUGGACUACGAGCGAAUCGAGAAACCUCUCUCUCACGGUGGAGGAUUCUCUCCGAAGAAGCUCCGAGCUAUGCUUCUCGGAAUGGAGAAGAAGAAGAGCACAGGCGACGAGGUGGAUUCGAAGUUCUCGCUUCGAUCCGAGCUCGAUCAUGCCGAAAUCGACGACGAACGGCGUGGUAGCCACUCCGACGAGUUCAAGGACGUCGACAUGGUGAGCUCCCUCUCCGAGUGCUCCACCUCUUUGGAUUCAACCAACCCCCAAAACCCCUCGAAAUCGAACAACAAUCCCUCAUCAAUGUUACGAAACAAAAUCCUAGAAGACGAUUCGUUCGAUUCGGAGAGCGCGGCAUCGUCCACCUUCGAAUUCCACAAGGAUCGGUGCGCGAAUCGGCCUUUUUCCUCCAAACCGACCCCGUCGAAGUGGGACGACGCGCAAAAAUGGAUCGCGAGCCCUAACAAUUCGAAUCGGAGUGGGAGGGGGAGUGGUGCUCCGGCGAAGAAGGGGGAGAGGGUCGGGUUGGGGAGCCGGCAACCGCCGACGAAGAUCGUGAUGGAGAUCGCGGAGGAGGAGGCGGCCGCGGAGACGAAGAGGAUCGAUCCGAGCCAAGGGAAGAGGGAGAAGAGUGUGAAUUGGGAGAUGGAUCCACUUCCGGAAUCGAAUUCGUGUGCAAACGAUGCCCUAGUAGCUGAAGACCUUGCUGCUGAUUCUGCAGUUUCGCUGAUUCAACAUGAUUCGUCUACGCCGCUCCAAAAUGCCACUACAUGUCUGAACCACCCGCCAACGGUCCGGGCAGUAUCGAUGAGAGAUAUGGGCACUGAAAUGACUCCUAUUGCUAGCCAAGAGCCCUCGCGAACAGGAACUCCCGUGAGAGCGACGACGCCAGCGAGAAAUUCCAAUUCUUCUCGACCGUCAACUCCGCAGCAGUCCAGCAUUGUUUCUGCUUCAGGGAAUAAAAACAAUAAUAACAGUGACAACGGCGAUUGCAGCGCGAAAGAGUUGAGCGAGAAGGAGCUGCAGAUGCGAACGAGGAGAGAGAUAAUGAUCCUGGGCACGCAAUUAGGCAAGACGAACAUCGCUGCGUGGGCGAGCAAAGAGGAAGAAGAGAAGGACGCGUCCCUUUCUCUAUCGGAUCGGUCCACCAAACGCGCCAUCGAAACCCGCGCCGCUGCGUGGGAGGAGGCUGAGAAAGCCAAGUACUUGGCCAGGUUUAAACGGGAAGAGAUCAAAAUCCAAGCAUGGGAAAACCAUCAGAUAGCUAAGACAGAAGCCCGAAUGAGAAAAAUCGAGGUCGAGAUUGAGAGGAUGAGAGCACACGCGCAAGAGAGUCUUAUGAACAAGCUCGUGACCGUGAGGCAUAAAGCUGAAGAAAAACUUGCGACAGCAGAAGCAGAAAGAAACGAACAAGCGGCGAAAAUCGCGCAGCAAGCGGAGUAUAUCAGACGAACCGGCCGGUUUCCUUCCUCAUGUACUUGUUGGGGUUGGUGCUUCUAGUGUUACUGCAACUGAAGAUGCUGUUAACUAGUGUAUCAAAUUGUUUCAGUGUAUUAGAUUUUGUUGUUCUUCUCUUUUUUCUGAUUCGGUAAUUUCGUAAAAUCGAAUCUCUGUAAUAUUAUAUGUGAAUUAUCAUUUUGUUGUUUCGCGAUUUGGAUCGAUUUCUCGUCUGUUU